GCAAUUGGGAGGGAGGAUAGAAGCUAAGAUUAAGCUCUGUGUCUCCCUCUCUCCCUCUCUCCCUCUCUCUAGUGUCUUCCACUCUCCUCCCUUAUCUCUCUUGCUGUCACAGAACAAAGGCAGCCCUGAAGUAGAGGAAGCGGUGAUAAAGAGCAUUUUAAUGUCUGCCAAGCUCCUUUUUCUCUCUCUCCCCCUUUUGUAAUCAGAGCCUGCUUGUCAUUACUCCUCUGACCUCUCUUCUGCUGAGAAACCAUUUGUUUUCGCAGCUGUCUACGUAUGGGAGGGUGAACCCACCAUAAUAAAGGAUAGCAGAGGAGAGCCCUUUCUGGGUUUUCAGCAAAUCAUCCCCUCUGUUUCAUCUACUUCUGUUACUCAAAUCUCAAUUUUUUCUUCAGUCUUUUCCAAUUUUUCUUCCCAUUAUCUCAUUAUAUGUGUUGUUUCUGUUUGAGUGGAAGAGAUGAGUAAAGAAGAAUUUAUGAAGAUCCAGACUUGCGUUCUCAAAGUGAACAUUCACUGUGAUGGAUGUAAGCAGAAGGUGAAGAAAUUGUUACAGAAAAUCGAUGGGGUGUAUACCACCACUAUAGAUUCAGAACAGGGGAAAGUGACAGUUUCAGGUAAUGUUGACCCAGCAACACUCAUAAAGAAACUCGGUAAAUCGGGGAAACAUGCAGAGCUGUGGAGUGCUCAAAAGGGCAACAGCCAGUUCAAGAACAUGCAAAUUGGGAAUGGCAAGGGUGGCAAAGACAACCAAUCUCAGAAGGGUGGAAAAGAACAACAGAAGGGCGGUCAACAGCAACAGCAGCAGCUUCAACGGCAACUACAGCAGCAGAUGCAACAGAUGAAAGGGUUGGGAGAUCUGAGUAAGAUGCCGCAAUUCAAGGAUCAGAAAUCCGUCAAGUUCAACUUGCCCGAGGAUGAUGAGUUCAGUGAUGAGGAUGGCUUUGAUGACUACGAUGAUGAUGAUUUUGAUGACGAAGAUGAAUUUGAUGAUGAUUUUGAUGUGCCCUUGAACAAGAUGAAACCCAUGAUCGGUAAUGGUCACAAUCCCCAACUCCAAGGUGGCAAAGGCGGUGGCGGUGGCGGCGGCGGCGGCGGCGGUAACGGGAAGAAAGGUGGUGGCGGUGAGAUUCCUGUACAAGCGAAGGGCAUGGGUGGAAAUAAUGAUGGGAAGAAUGGCAAUGGAGGAAAGAAGGGUAGCGGUGGAAACAACGGAGGAAAUCAAAAUGCCCCCAAAAAUGGAGGUAAAAACGGUGGUGGUUUACCGCAAGGUGGUAAAAAUGGCGGCGGUGGAAAUAACCAGAAGGGUGGAAAUAAUGGCAAUGCCGGUGGUGGUGGUGGUGGAAACAAUCCUGGUGGUGGUAAGAAAGGUGGAGGGAAGAACGAUGGUGGUGGUCAAGCAAUCAACAACAUGCAACACCAUCUAGGGUACCAUGACAUCGAUGUCAAGCGUGGCUUGGGCGGGAAUAUGGGUCAGAUGGGGAAUAUACCCAUUGGUCGGAUGGGCGACAUCCCGGCGGUGCAAGGGCUUCCGGCAGCGGCGAUGAAUGCCGGCGGUGGCAGGUACUUCCACGGAGGAGGGCCGGAGAUGAUGGCUGGGAACCCAUACCAACAACAACAACAACAGUACAUGGCCAUGAUGAUGAACCAGCAACGAGCCAACGGGAACGAACGGUUCCAUCCCAUGAUGUAUGCUCGGCCACCGCCGGCGGUCAACUACUACCCUGGUCCGCCACCUUCAGCGGCGGACCCCUACACCCAUUUCUUCAGCGACGAGAAUACUAACAGUUGCAGUGUGAUGUGAAUUGCUUGGGUUGUGAGUCUUAUGAUCCAUCUCUAUUUCUGUUUUCGUCUUGCUGGGUUCGUCUUCAACUUUUUGUGGAGGUGAUGAUGCUGAGUGCUACAACAGUGAUGGACCAGAGAAAGUCUGAUGCCAAAUUUACAGAGGGAGAGAUAUGGAAUGGGCCUUUCUUAAUUUCCUUUUUUUUUUUUUUUUUUUUUAAUCUUCUUUUGGUGGAAACUGGGGUUUUAAUUACCAUAUAGAGAGACUAUUUAUUGAUCCUAUAAUCAAAAUCAGUGAAGUUAGUGGGGAUUUGGAGGGUGGGGGAGUGAUGUGAUCUUAUGACUAUAAGAUGUAAACAUAUGAAAUGCAAACUUGUGAGGGUUGAGGAGCUUAGAGGAUGUGGCUUUCUCUAUGAGUUAUCUGUUAAUAUGUGUUUACAAGGUGGGGGAAAAUAAUAAUAAGAAAGAUAAUGGCCAGCAAUUACUUUCCA